UGUUCUGGCUCCAGGAUUGUUAUCUAACAUCCACCUCUGAAGUUCUUCAUUUGUGUUGGUAUGAGGAUGAUAUUGAAACAACGGCCCAAACACGCUUCCAUCAGGAGAAACGCGCUGCAGCUUCUGAAGCACAGAAUCACAAUAGAAACCGGGACAGGAGCGCCAGGGGAAGUUCAGGGAUUAUAAAGUUACUGUUGUUGGAAACUCACCUAAAAAAAUAUGGUAAAUGUCAUGCGUGUGUGCAUUUGAUAAUUAAAGAACAGCACUUGUUACUGAAAUAGAGUUACUGCAGCACAAACAUGGUAAAAGUGUGGUGGGCUCACUUCCUGCCGUAAUGCUUUUUCGCACUUCUGGUAAUAAGGGAGAAUUGAACGGUUGUGGGAGGGGGAUGUUAACUGAGGCGGUGCCGGAUCAGAGUGACGCAGCCAGUGAGAGGAAGAGAGAGAAAAAGAAGCAGAGAGGAGAGUAGCGGCUGACUCUACAGAGCUAUCUGAGGGGGGGAAGAGGACAGUGCAGAGGUGCAGGAUUUGUGACUCAUUCAGAUACUGAAGAAAAAAGACUUGGGUUUAAACAAAUGAAUGGAGGUUAAAAGGGGAGUGGAUUUGCCGCUGCAGCUCUCGACACUUUCUCACACUUUCGGAAUGCAGCUGUGCUGAAGUCUCUCCAGGAGGAAUAUUGACGGACCAACGACCUUGGAGUCGCCACUCUUCCGACACAAUGACCACCGCUGCCCCCUCAAUGCUCUUCACUCCUUCAGCCUCUUCCUCGUCUAACUCCCUUUCUAGCUCUACUUCAACCCUCUCUGUUCCCGUGUUUACCGACUCCUUGCUUCCCAAUUCCUCCUCCUUUUCCCCAAACCAGACUGAGUGUUUGUUUGAUGACUCCGCCCUCCGCCUGCCUCUCGCCGUUUUCUACUCUCUGUUCUUCGUUUUUGGGCUUGUGGGUAAUCUCUUCGCCCUGUGGGUCUUCCUUUUCCUGCAUUCAAGCCGCAACUCUGUGCGGGUGUUCCUCAUAAACUGUGCCGUGGCUGAUCUGGUGCUCCUGGCCUGCAUGCCCUUCAGGGUGUUCUACCAUCUGAAUGGAAACAAGUGGGUGUUGGGGUCCGUCGCCUGCAAGAUGGUGGGAAACCUGUUCUACAUGAACAUGUACAUCAGCAUCACCUUACUGGGGCUCAUCAGCUUGGACAGAUACCUGAGGUUGAAGGGGAAGGGCAAAGCGCGGAGGUGCUUCAGGAUGACCCUGUGGGGGCACAGCCUGCCCUGGAGCUGGUUGGCGUGUGGCGCUCUGUGGGGGUUUUCCUUGGUGGGGCUGGUGCCCAUGAUCGCUAUGUCAGAGGAUAAAGAGUACAAGGGGAAGUGCUUCCAGUACAAGCACCGGAGUAACAAAGGCAAAGGGAAGGCCUACUUCAACGGCGUGCUGGUGCUGCUGUUCUGGCUCGUCUUCGUCAUGCUGGUGGUCUCCUAUGGCAAGAUCGCUUCCCAGCUGAUGAGGGUGUCCCGGGACAAGCCAGAACUUCCCAACGCGAACAGAUUCCAGCGGACCGCCAAAAAGUCCUUCUUCGUGCUCUUCCUGUUCACCAUCUGCUUCGGGCCCUACCACGCCUUUCGCCCCGUCUACAUCCUCUCGCAGCUGAGCGAUGCGGAGCCAUGUGAAUACCUAAUGCAGGUGGACCACAGCAAUGAGAUCAUGCUGUUGUUCUCCUCUCUCAACAGCUGUUUGGAUCCUGUCAUGUACUUCCUGUUGUCCGGCACGGUGCGCAAAACCGCCCUGCGCACACUUGGACACCGACUCGGCAACCGGCUCGCCUUCCUCAACGACGCCACGUCAAACAGCUCGACCAUGGAGUUCAGGCGAGGUUCUGUGCCUAUGGCUUUUCCCAACCAGUAUCUUAACGCCCCCUCAGGGACCCCCAGGACCAGCUUCUGCAUCAUCAACUCCACCCUGCGCCGCACAGGACUAAACACGGUACCGCCUACUGGCUAACGAAAUACUGGAGGAAUAAAUGUCUGACUUUUCCUGAAUAGUCCGGACUGUUUGCACAAUUCUCUGUAAAUCUAAUCAGUGCACAUAUAGCUUAAUAUUUUGUCAAAUAAAUAAACAUAUUUUUUCCUAA